AUGAUUACCAGUACCAUAACAAUUGUUCUUUUUAGCACUGUGGUGUUUGGCUUGAUAACUAAACCUUUGGUGAGGUUCUUACAGCCUUCAUCAAAACCAUUAGCCAGAAUGAUUUCAUCGGAGCCAAUUACCCCACAUUCCAUCACAGUACCACUUCUUGGCGUUGAGCAGGAUUCCUUAACCGAUCUAUAUGGACAAAUCAUAACAAACGGACAGGCUUCAGAAGGUAGUAGAGUUGGCCAAAAUGUGCCCCGUCCAAACAGUUUACGGAUGCUCUUAACAAGACCUUCUCGUACUGUCCAUUAUUAUUGGAGAAAAUUCGAUGAUUCUUUCAUGCGUCCCGUUUUUGGUGGUCGUGGUUUUGUUCCUUUCGUUCCAGGCUCACCAAUUGAAAGAAGCCUGCAUCGUUUCCCAGAACUCGAAAAAGCUGCUACAACACUGAAUUAG